UGGCUCGUGUACUUAACACAGAUGUUCCAAUUGCAAAGUUACCCAGAUCCGAGGUUACCUUCAGCAUCGUACAAUGUCAUCCCUGCCCAAAAUAGUUCUCCUGAUUGCUCUGGCUAUUGCCCAGUGUCAAGGACAAAGCUGGGCAGAUUUCCAACGCAAGCAUGUCCUGGACCCUGCAGUUGAUUCUGGAUAUUCCGGGUGGAACAGGGCGUCGUGGAACACCUGGUUGCGAAACAGAAUUCCAUCCGACUAUGGAAGCAAGAACGUCAACAGUGUCGUCGUAAAACAACCGACAUCCCUGCUGAAUGACUUCAAGUUCACCAAUCCUGGGCAUUCCGCCGGCCCAGAUUUCCACUGGAGCAGUAUUCGUCUUUCAACCUACGUAAUGCAACUCGUAUCUGGAUCCGGUACAUAUGAUGCUUAUCGGUGUCCGGCUUGGUACGUUCUGGCCAGACUGGAUGCCAGCCAGCGACCCAUGCAUUACCAUGGUUACGCCGACAGUCAGCCUGCAACCGGAUCACUGCCCCUCAAUUUGGGAUCGUGCACAAAAAUUAAUUAAAUUGCAUUAAAAAUGUAUCAAAUUAAUACGAGCUUUGUAUCAGUACUAGCAAAAUGAAUAAAGCUAAAGACCAAAGAAACAUACAUAUAAAGGCUUCAAUAAA